AUGACAAAUAUUUCUUUUCGUUGUCAGCAAUGUGAAAUGAAAUCUUUACAUCAAGACUUGAACAAACACUUCAUGGCCGCUGAUGAUAAGGAGAACAUUUCUCGUAUUACCCGCUUAAUCUUACACAUUGAGAUUGGAGAUUGUGAUGUAUUGUCGGAGAGAAAUAAUUUAUUUCCUUUCAAAUUAAAAUUAAAACUUUUACUUCUGACACAACAAGCAAUUUCAUCCCUUAAAUAUGUUGGCAAAGGAACGAGAAAUUUGGAAAGAUCUGUGAUGCAAGAAAGAAAUAACAUUAAAAAAACAAUGGAAUGUUAUCGUUUUACAUGCUGGGUAACAGUGAAGCUAUCCUAG